AUGCCGUUGGGUCCGUCUCUGCAAUCUCGACUCGCCGCCGCUCUUCCAGUGGGCAUAAGCCUUCAGGCGUAUCAUGUAUCCACAACUCCUAGCCCAACAAAUGCGCUGUUUGCCCCAUUGCCGGGAGAGCAAAGCGAGGCAACUUUGUGCGAAUCCCAUUUUCUUGGGAUAGCCUCGCCUCAAGAUGGCGACCACAAGGAGGUGCUGGUGUACGCCGUAGAGAUUUUGAUCUUUACGAACCCGAGCUUGACCACUUUGUUCGUGUCCAAGGCAGACUCCUCUGGCUUCUCAUCCCGCACCAACGCACCAAAGGGAUCACCUUCGAUUGUCGGCUCUAUCAUCUCGACUUUUGUGCAGUUUCUGCUUGAGCCGCGUCUGGCCAAGUCGAGGGUUGUGUUGUCUCUCUUUGCCCGUUCACAAAACCAAUAUCUAUUUCCUGGCAGCAUUGAGAAUCCCACCAAGCAUGUCCUUGACGACCGUCAACUGAUCAAAUGGUGGUGCCGAGUGCUUGAUGAUGUGUUACGACUGCACACUGACAGCAAGUCACCGGCAUGCAAAGCUACUGCCCAUCUUCUGGUUCCCGGAUGCGACAAAGCAGAAACAAAAGCCUUCUUUCCACCCUCGAGCCGCUCGGAUUCCCCAUCUGAUCCGAGAUGGAUCAAUUCUUAUCCAGUCGAGCUCCUGGUGGCAGAUACCACGAAGCCUCCGAGGCACUUGGUUCCUCGACUACCCGAUGAUCCGAAAUCAAGGUUUCUCGAGGACCUAGAUGGGGAUUUCGUCGAUGAGCAUGGACAGUGGCGAAGUCUGAAGACCCUGGACCAAUUUUGGGAAAUGAUGUCGUAUAGACAGGAAUGCUCCGCUGGACGGUUGGUUGGAUUUCUCUGGCUAGUUUUCUCACCAGGUCAGUCUACUCACGCUUCACUCGAUGUGCUCGAGAAAAGCGACAAGGUGGGCCUUUCGAACGAAACAGCUAUUCAGUCGAAGUCAGACACUCCUGGGAGCUCUCAUUCGAGUGAAAGAGACCUGUCUCUCCACGGUUCGCUAUCAGCGCCUAACUCCGGAGGAAUUGAGAACGACAGGUUGCCACGGGACUCUUUGUCGACGACCGGAUCUCGGACAGAAUCAGCGGCUGUCGCUGAUGUCGUGGACAGUGGUGACAGUAAAUCGUCGACUAUAUCUGUCCCGUUGACAGAGCAGCUGGCGAAAUUCAUAAACAUUGACCAUGCAACGCAACCGGAGGGUGAAAUAGUGAUCAAUGCCGAUCAGUAUCAGUCUUUGACUGACUAUCUCUUGCAAACCGACUUCGCGGGAGACCACCUAGCUGCUGAAAGCACCAGGGGCUGGGUGCAGAAAGUACUCGAGCUGUCUGGUGCUGCAGCAUUCGGGUGUCCCAUACUUGGCGAGCGUACGUUGGCCCCGUCGAGUGGGGUGCAACAGAUGGAUGCGCCGCAAGUCAACGUCCUGACUGGGAUUCGCAAGAAGAGAAAAGCGGACAACAUUGUUGACAGCGGCCCUGCAUCCUCCGCAAACGGCCCGGUGUCUGGCCAGCCCACCGUGAACACGCUCUCUGCCGGCCUUGUGAGGAAGAAGGUCAAGAGUUGA